CCUCUCCACCGUCUCACGGAAGGCUUUUUGAACAAAGACUGGACGCGCAAUGACCUGCCGGGGCCCAGCGUCCCCUCAGCCUGGACACAAGUACAAUUAUCCCGUUGUACUCUCGGAAUCGUCGAUAGUAUUUUGAAAUUAAAAACAAAUAGAGUUUUUUAUAUAUAUAUUUAAAAAAAAAACCCGCUGGGAAUCGCGUGGGAGGCGUUUUCUUUUAAUAUAUAAAACAAUCUGCGGUCAUGUGACGCUCCGAGAGAAAAAAACGGCAGUUAAACUCGUGCGUCACGUCCGGAAACCGAUGGCGGCAUUCCUUGCUCCCGGAUAUGAGGUGACGCGAAGCGCGGGAUUUCAACAAGCUCUUCAAUCCCGGAAACUAGGACUUUCUCACCACCAGGCCACAGGUGGUCAAGAUGGGAGGAAAUACAUCAAAGUCCCUCACCCUGAGCACAGGAUCCCCCCCAGGGUUGCGUCCUCAGCUUCCUACUGUACUCCCGUACACACAUGACUGUGUGGCUAGGUUCAGUUCCAACUCAAUAAUCAAGUUUGCUGAUGACACUGUGGUGGUGGGCCUGAUCUCCGAUAACGAUGAAAAGGCCUACUGGGAGGAGGUGGCUGAUCUGGCACUCUGGUGUCAGGACAACAACCUCCUCUUGAACAUCAAAAAAACGAAGGAGCUGAUCGUGGACUUUAAGAGGGCACAUCAUCCGAGGACGUACACACCAUUGAAGAUAAAUGGAGAUACUGUGGAUAGGGCGAGCUGCUUUAAAUACCUGGGAGUCCACAUCUCUGAGGAUAUGACAUGGACAUCACACGCUGCAGCACUGGUGAAUAAGGCAAGGCAGCGCCUUUACUACCACAGGCAAUUGAGGAAAUUCAGAGUGUCUCCGAGGAUCCUCCAGUGCUUCUACUCGGCUUCUGUGGAAAGCAUCUUGUCCGGAAAUAUCACGAUUUGGUUUGGGAACUGCUCUGCCCAGGAUAAGAAAGCUCUGCAGAGAUUAGUGCGUUCGGCCGAACGAACUAUGGGAACUACACUCGCCCCCCUGCAGGAACUAUACAUCAGAAGGUGCAACUCCAGAGCCAACAAGAUCAUGGGAGACUCCUUCCACCCCAGCAACGGACUGUUCCAGCUGCUACGGUCAGGCAAACACCUCCGUUGCCAUGCUGUGAAAACGGAGAGGAUGAGAAGGAGUUUCUUCCCAGAGGCCAUUAGGACUGUAAACUCCUUUCUUACCAGGGACUAACUUUACUGUACCAUUUUACUGUUGUGUGGUGUCUUUUUAAAAUUGCUGUUUUUUUUCCCUCCCACAAAUAUGUAAUAUGUAAACAUGUGAUUCUGUUCCAUUCUGUUUGUAAUUUGUUUGUUUUUUGUUGCACAAUCCGUGAGCAUUGCCACUUUUCAUUUCUCUGCACAUCUCGUAUGUGUAUGUGACGAAUAAACUUGACGACUUGACCUUCCCCUUAGCUCAACAAUAAACCAUUCUACAUCUC